GGACUACCUUCAUUUCGCUCUGAGAAUCAUCUGGAACACCGGGAGCACCUGCCAGCCAAGCGCUACACUACUUACAGCAGUCCACAGAACUUACUUCUUUUUUCUCCCAUUAAUCAUUUUCCACCUGUGUCAUUAAUCCUUGGGCUUGGCACUUUAAGCCAUGCUGUAUACAGAGCUGAUCCGUCUGUGGGACGAGGCGGCACAGGCAGUGGACUCGCGGGACUGGCAGGGUGCCCUGUCCAAACUGAGCCAGAUCACAGAGCCCACGUCCCGCACGCUGUUUCUGAGCGCCUCCGUCUACCUGGCCCUGGGCCAACUGGAACCCGCGAUCCGCGCUCUGGACCAGGUCAUCGCCAAGGAUGAGCGCCUGGCCGUGGGGUUCUUCCAGAGAUCUGCUGCACACAUGAUGGCAAGCAGGCUGGAGGAGGCUAUGAGUGACUGUAUCUGGGCUCAGAAGCAUAUGAGAGGCAACUCUGUCAUUGACUACAGGCAGCUGGGCCUGCGCUUCAAGCUUCACAGCUGGCAGGUGAUAUAUAAUGCAGCAGCUGUCCACUGCAGAAUGGGCCUAUGGGAGAAAGCCUGGGACAUGCUGGCCACCCUCUCCCAGGAGAAAGGAGGAGGACGUGCAGAGAAGUUAGAGGCGGCUAUGGAGAGUGUUGCUAGGGAAGAGUUGUUGACCCCUCUCCUAGUACCUGAGGGAGAGGUGUUUCGGCCCAGGAAACAGGAUGUAGAACAACUGCAGGAGAGGGACUUCUUGGGCAAAGCCAAGGUCAUUUCCUCCAUGAUCCCCAAUGAUGACUUUGGAGGCUUUGAACCACUCAGGUUGCAGAAACCAGGGUACUACGAGCCCAAGGGGGAGGGUGAACAGGAGUCGCGGUACAUGCGUCUUCGCGGCUCCUACAUGGCCCGAGGUCCUGGCGAGCUGACUGUACCUGCAGGGGCCGUUGUGUUCAUGUUCAGCGAUGGCGGUAUGGAGGGUCUCGCCACGAUCAUCUAUGAUGGAAAGAGAGGCCUGGUCCCUAUGUCCAUCCUGGAACCUGUGGAUGUCACCAAAUUCCAAAGGAAAAAGGAAUUCAGGAGUAUUCCCAAUGGGAUUCCACUGCCGCCAGGCCUAAAGCCUCCCACUCGCCCAGAGACACGACCCAGUCCGCCUGCACCACAGCUGGCAACUGGUAACCGUGGGUCUCCACCUACCCCACCGCCCCAGUAUGCUUCUGUUGUUGACAGUCCCACUAAACGGAGGCCCAGCUCAUCACAAACAGAGGAGGGAGGGUCUGUAGUGGUGAAGGUGCACUACAAAUACACUUUGGCUCUGAAUGUCCCAGUGGGGAUGCCGUACAGUGAACUGCAAGAGAAAAUUGCUCGCAAAGUGGGGCAGCCGGCCACAAACCUGCGCCUCAGACAGAAACAGCAUGGCUCCCUGGUCUUGAAGCCCCUGGAUGGGGAUGCUGGGCUCGGUGCAGUGUUGCAGGAAGCGGCUGGGUCUGGCCGGGCCGUGCUGUGGUGUCAGCCUGAAAACCCCCUCCAAGGAAGGACUAUUCUCUACCAGAUGGUGGCGCAGUACAAUUAUUCUGCACAAGGACCAGAGGACUUGGAGUUUAGCGAAGGAGACACCAUAGAUAUCUUGUCAGAAGUCAAUGAGGAAUGGCUAGAGGGCCAUACUGCUGGGAAUAUUGGGAUCUUCCCCAGAUGUUUUGCUAGCCAGGAGGACACGGACCAUGACACUGAGGGCGCCAAGAUGCUCGCAACCAACCAAUAGGAAACACCUAUGAUGGACACAAAAUGCAUGUGACCAUCCUUAUCAUGUGACACCCCUUGAACUCUGUCCCCUUAUAAAAACUUCCCAUAUUCAUCAGUUGCAGUACUGACAAAGCUGUUGUGAUCAACUCCUUCAGAAAAUUGUUCACUAACCCAUGGCUAUAGGGUAUGGCAAGGGUAUUGUUUACACUGGAGAGCCUGUUCUAUUUGACAUUUUACU